AUGGCGCCGUCGUCGUCGUCCUCGUCCGACUCGGACGUCAUCGAAUCGGACGUCGAGUUCGAGUUCGACUCGUCCCCGACCGCGGAAGCGCCGAGCGACGCGCGCGAUGAUCGGUCUCCUCCGCUCGCGAGCUGGCUCCGGCGAAGCGUCACGACGGGCGGGGCCGGCGUUAGCGUUACGACGACCGGCGACGACGGCGACGUCGCGUCCGUCCCAGCGCCGGCGAGACGCGCGGCGUCGACGUCGACGCCGCCGCCGCCGUCGUCGCCCGGAAUAGAAGACACGAGCUACGGCGACGACGCGUUCGAGGAGGAGGACGUCCCCUCCGAGGCGUCGAGCGGCGCGGGGGACGACGACGACGACGACGACGACGACGACGACGACGACUCGCGCGCGAAAUCGUACGCCGACGACGACUUCGAGAGCGAUGCCGAUCUGAGCUUCCGCGGCGGCGUCGCGUCCGCGGGGCCGACGCCGACGCCGCGCGAGCGCACGCCGAAGACGAUCCCCGCGCCGACGACGCCGCCGACCGCGACCGCGGCGCGCGACGAGCGCGGCGCGCCGAGGAGGGAGGAGACGCGCGAGAAGACGGAUUCAUCGCGUCCGCAUCGGUUCGACGCGCAACCGUCGCGCCUCGCCGCGCUCGUCGCGCGCGCGCGCGACAUCGCGGCCAGGGACGCGAGCGGCGACCCCGGGAAGGCGUACCCGCCGCCGCCGAUCGUCGUCUCCGAGCUCGUCGUCGCGAAGCUGCGCGCGGAGUGUCUGAGCCACGCGCAGCGCGCGACGACGCGGCGGCUCGCGAAGGAGGUGAAAAAGUUGCGCGCGGAGCGCCGGCGACGCGCCGCGCCGGAGGCGGCGCGACGCGCGUACAUCGCGCGCGCGUGCAGGCGCGUCCAGGCGUCCGAGGGCGAGCGGCGGUACGCGCGAGAAGUCGAGAAGAAGGAGAAGCGCGACGACGACGACGACGACGACGACGACGGCGCGCUUCGUCGAAAGGAAAAAGCUGAGGAGGACGCGGACGCGAAGCGGCGGUGGGAGGAAAGCGAAGCCGCCGCCGUCGGCGCCGCUCGUAGGACGCCGCGCGAGCCGUGGGCGCGCGACGCGUCGACGGAGCUCCAGCGCGAGUGGGACGAGCAGGAGGAGCACGCCGCGCUGAAGAGAGAGCUCGCGAGAGCGGCCGCGGGGGCGGAGGCGGGUCCGGGUCCGCGCGUCGGGACCCUCGGCGCGGGGCGCGUGGCGCUGAUGCGAAGGCUGCGGAGCAGUCUUCAAACGCGCGCCGACGCGGCGGCGGCGUUUGACGACGACGCGCCGGAGCCGCCGCAGAGCUGGAGCGCGCUGCGCGUCCCGGGCGGGGUGGGGAUGGAGGUAGGAGAGGGCGACGCUGGGGUGGAGCACGAGCUCUUGAGGAACAGCGCGGAGCUGAGGAGGCUCGCGGAGGGGGUGCUCGGGAGAGGCGGGUGA